GCCUGAAGUCUGGGGCGGCGGAGGCAUGUGCCCCUGUGUUCGAAUCGCAGGGUAGUCCUCGCGUCUGUGAUAAGAUGACUGGUAAGGGGGUCUGCUAUGGCUCCAUUACGAAGACUUCGUGGAGAUCUAGUAAGGAUACCCCGGGCGCUAAGGCUAACAGCAAUUGCACACUUCCAACCUUGGCCGUUUCUCGGUUUCCUUCAACAGGUGCAUUCCACGUCUCACCCUUGCAAACUUUCACCAACGCAUGCCAAGUCUCGGGACCAGCACAUUACCCAACCGAACCAAACGCCACCCACCCUCCAUGAAGGGUGCUGUGGCGCUAAGAACUGAAUAGAACCGUGCGUGUACGGUGCGGCACGACGACCUGUCUGUUGCAUGAUCGUAAAUGCCUCUUCCAACUGGAGUGUUGUCUGUAUUCAAUACGCCGAGGACAUUCAGCCAUUACCAACUGCUUCUAGCCAA